GGCGAAGCGGAUAAGGCCACCCACCGCUCCCGCCACGGCGAGCCAAAGCUUUCGCCUUUCUCCCCUCCGCUCCGCCCCGCCUCCAAUGGCGUCGGCGUGCCCGCGCCCGCUCUUCCUCUCCUUCCCCAAGUCCCCGUCGCCGCCGCCCGCCGUCCCCGCCAAGCACCACCCUUCCACCACCGCCUCCCUCUCCGUCUCCACCCGCGCGCGCGCCGCCUCUUCCAGCGCUCCGUCCCCCUCGCCGUCUCCUCCCGCGGACGGGGUCGGCCCCGCGGCGCCGACGCGGGGCGACGUGUACCUGGGGAGGCAGCUCGCGGCCGCGGCCGCGGCCGGCGCCCCCGCGCGCGCGCCGGAGGAGGACGCCGAGAGGCGCCGCCGCCGGAAGGAGAAGCGGAAGGCCCUCGCCAAGAAGGCGCCCUCCGGCCUCGCCUGCUGCUACGGCUGCGGCGCGCCGCUGCACACCGGCGAGGCGGGGUCCCCCGGCCACGUCGAGCCCGCCACCUACGACCUGAAGAAGAGGCACAACCAGCUGAAGACGGUGCUGUGCGGGCGGUGCAGGCUGCUGUCGCACGGGCACAUGGUGACCGCCGUCGGCGGCCACGGCGGCUACCCGGGGGGCAAGCAGUUCGUUUCGGCGGAAGAGCUACGGGAGAAGCUGUCGUACCUCCGCCACGAGAAAGCAUUGAUAGUGAAACUAGUUGACAUAGUCGACUUCAACGGGAGUUUCCUGGCGCGCAUACGCGAUUUCGCCGGCGCUAACCCCAUCGUGCUCGUGAUAACAAAGGUUGACCUCCUACCCAGAGACACGGAUUUGAAUUGCAUCGGCGAUUGGGUCGUGGAGUCUGUUGUUAGGAAGAAACUCAAUGUCCUGAGCGUCCAUUUGACAAGCUCAAAGUCAUUGGUCGGCAUCACUGGUGUUAUAUCAGAGAUUCAGCAGGAAAAGAAGGUCGGCUUGUUAUCCACUUACUGUCUACCUAUUAUUGUUGGCUGUCGACUUCUCAUGCACAAUACUGACUACAUUUUCAUUGUCUCUUAUCAGGCCCGAGAUGUGUAUAUACUGGGUUCAGCAAAUGUUGGGAAAUCUGCAUUUAUUAGUGCUAUGCUAAAAACAAUGGCAUAUAAAGACCCAGUGGCAGCUGCAGCUCAAAAAUACAAGCCAAUACAAUCUGCUGUUCCUGGAACAACCUUAGGUCCUAUUCAGAUCGAAGCAUUUUUAGGCGGAGGGAAAUUAUACGACACACCUGGAGUCCAUCUUCACCAUAGACAGGCAGCAGUUAUCCACGCUGAUGAUCUGCCUUCUCUUGCACCACAAAGUCGUCUAAAGGGGCGAUGUUUUCCUGCUAAUGAUACAGAUGUUGGAUUGAGCGGGAAUACGUUGUUCUGGGGGGGACUUGUCCGUGUCGAUGUUGUUAAGGCUCUUCCACGCACACGGCUAACAUUCUAUGGACCAAAGAAGCUAAGUAUUAAUAUGGUCCCCACCACAGAAGCAGAUGAAUUUUACAAGAGAGAAGUCGGAGUUACAUUGACUCCCCCAACCGGCCAGGAGAGAGCUGAAGGAUGGUGUGGGCUUCAGGGCGUUCGCGAAUUGCAGAUAAAGUAUGAAGAGCUUGAUAGGCCUGCUAGUGACAUUGCGAUAUCUGGACUCGGGUGGAUCGCGGUCGAACCACUUGGUGUGCCAUCUAGCGACCCUGAUAGCUGCGUCGAGGAAGAAGGCGGCGGCAGUGGCGAGUUGCAUUUAAGAGUACAUGUACCCAAACCAGUCGAGGUCUUUGUCCGCGCCCCACUGCCCGUCGGUAAAGCGGCAUCGCAGUGGUACCGAUACCAGGAGCUGACCGAGGUAGAAGAGGAGCUGAGACCCAAGUGGCAUUACUGAUGCUGCGGUUGCCAAAUGCCUAUUUUUGGUCUCUGUGUAUGCUGCUGUUGCUGCUGGAGCAGCUCCGCGUGAUCCAGUUGCGCACCGACAUUAUGUUUCUUGGAUGAUCUUAUAGGGAUGAAUUCAUAGUUCUAGCUUAGGAUCAGCUGAUGAAAAUGAUUCAGGAAACCUCGAGUGAAAUGUUGCUGUGGUUACACUUGUUGCAUAUAUAUGAAACUAUUUCACCGUC